AUGGACAACAACCCUCCUCACCCGCAAGACACGACGCUCGCGCAGUCGCUGCGCGACCCGACCAGCUUCUGGGGCCCGCACGCCUCGCAGCUCCACUGGCACAAGGCACCGUCUCAGAUCCUCCGCCGAGCAUCCAAACCGCUGCGCUCAAACGGCGCCCGCCACGACCAUUGGUCGUGGUUCCCCGACGGCGAGAUCUCGACCACCUUCAACUGCGUCGACCGCCAUGUGCGCGACGGCGGCGGCGAUAACGUGGCCAUCAUCUGGGAGUCGCCCGUCACGGGCGCGCGCGACAGCAUCACGUACGCGCGGCUGCUCGACGAGGUCGAGGUGCUGGCGGGCGCGCUGCGCGAGGAGGGCGUGAGGAAGGGCGAUGUGGUGUUGGUAUACAUGCCCAUGAUCCCCGCGGCGCUGUAUGCCUGUCUGGCCAUCGCGCGCCUGGGCGCCAUCCACGCGGCGGUCUUCGGCGGGUUCGCGGCGACGUCGCUGGCGCAGCGUAUCGAGGCCGCGAGGCCGCGCGCCGUCAUGACGGCCUCGUGCGGCGUCGAAGGCAGCAAGGGCGUGAUUGACUACCGGCCGCUGGUCGAGGGCGCGCUGGCGAAAAGCGCCUUCAAGCCGCUCAAGGUCAUCGUGUGGCAGCGCGACCAGUGCCGCUGGGCGCCCAUGCGCAAGCUGCACGGCCAGCGCAAUUGGCAGCGGAUUGUCAAGAGUGCGCGGAGCAGGGGCGUGAGAGCGGCAGCGGUGCCCGUGGGGAGUAAUGACCCGCUGUAUGUGAUCUAUACGAGCGGGACAACCGGUCUGCCAAAAGGCGUGGUGCGAGAGGCUGGUGGGCAUGCUGUUGGGCUGAGCUUGUCAAUUAAAUACCUUUUUGAUAUCAAGGGCCCCGGAGAUGUGAUCUUCUGCGCAUCAGACAUCGGCUGGGUAGUUGGCCAUUCAUAUAUCCUCUACGCCCCUCUACUCGCCGGUGCAACAACCAUCCUAUACGAGGGCAAACCAGUUGGAACCCCCGAUGCCGGUGCCUUCUGGAGACUUAUCGAGGAACACAAGGUCAACGUCCUAUUCACCGCGCCCACCGCUCUGCGCGCGAUUCGAAAGGACGACCCGGACGCACGCUUCUUCGAAGAAGUCGGGCGACGCAAUGGCCUGAGACACCUCAGGGCCAUCUUCCUGGCCGGCGAGAGAAGCGAGCCCAGCAUCGUCAGCGCCUACCAGGCGCUGUUGGACAAGCACGGCGCCUCCGGCUCCAUGGUGAUCGACAAUUGGUGGACGUCCGAAUCCGGGUCGCCGAUGUCUGGCCUGGCGUUAAACAGCGCAGCCGGCUUGGGCGGCAUCAGCGGCGGAGGCUCGCACGCGCCGUUCCCCGUGAAGCCUGGCUCGGCGGGGAAGGCUAUGCCCGGGUUCGAUGUCCGCGUUGUCAAUGAUGAGGGGCAUGAAGUGCCCAGGGGCUCGAUGGGCAACAUUGUUCUUGCUGUUCCACUGGCGCCUACGGCGUUUACCACGCUUUAUAAUGAUGAUGAGCGGUUCUACAAGGGCUAUUUCAAGCGCUUUGAUGGCAAAUGGCUGGACACGGGAGAUGCGGGCAUGAUUGACGAGUCCGGAUAUAUCCACGUCAUGUCGAGAUCCGAUGACAUUAUCAACGUUGCUGCUCAUCGCUUCAGCACAGGCGCAAUCGAGCAAGCCAUCCUCUCUCACCCCCAAAUCGCCGAAGCCUGCGUGGUCGGCAUCCCCGAUUCGCUGAAAGGCCACAUGCCCUUUGCCUUCAUCCACCUUCGCUCCUCCGCCGCGGGCGGUUCUUCAACCGCCACGCCAUCCCCGGAAUUCUUCAGCUCCGUGAACCAGCUUGUGCGCGAGCAAAUCGGCGCGAUCGCCUCCCUGGGCGGGAUCAUCCAGGGCCAGGGGAUCAUCCCCAAAACGCGCAGUGGGAAGACGCUGCGCCGAGUUCUGAGAGAGUUGAUUGAGAAUGCUGCCGUGGGCAAAUUUGAUGCGAAAGUGAAUGUUCCACCGACGGUGGAGGAUGUGGAUACUGUGGAAGCCGCGCGGGAGAGGAUCAGGGAAUAUUAUGCGGAGAGGGUGAAGAAGCAGACUAGGGGGAAGCUGUGA